AUGAAGCUCAAGACGGUCGAAGCUCACGACGGCCGCCCGACUGUAGUUGCAUUCCGGAAACAUGAAGUCUCCACUGCGUCAGCCUUGCCACCGGUGAAUCGUCAAAACACUGAUGAUGGUGCGAUGCUAACGCAAGCAAAAAAGGCACAGCAAUGUCACGCCAGACUGCAGCCACGUUAUUUGCUUGCCAAAGCGCAGGAUCAUUAUCAAACAUAUGGGCCCGGAAAGGCCAUGCGAAGUUCCCGAGAAAAAAUGGUUUAUAUGAAAGAGCGGAAAGCUCUGAAAACUAUUGCCAUCCAUUUACGAUUUGUUGGUUUCCAUUUUUUGUGCUUUAUCUGGUUGAAUUGCUAA